AUGAGGCCUCUUACCAACUCAACAACAGUAGGUGGUGCUCAUGGGGGAUUCUGGCAUUGGAAUUCACCUGUUGCAUACGUCUUUGUUGGUCUAGCACUCAUGUUGGGGCUAAUCACGGUAGCUUUGAUAAUUCUUGCUUGUUCUUAUAGCAAAUCUUUGUCCAAUUCAUCAAGAAGUGAGGGUGAAUUAGUUGAAAAACCAGCGAAGCAAGUGGAAAUACAGGUUGAUUUUGAGCCAAAGAUUGUUGUCAUCAUGGCUGGGGAUGAGAAUCCUACAUGCCUGGCAAAGCCUGUUUCUUGCAACAGCCACAUCAGUGAACAAGGGAUAAGUCUAAAAGGGAAGUGCAUUUCCACAUCAAUGAAAUUUGCAAUUCCACUAUGUAAUAUGUACAAUUAA